CCCGGGGCAGAGUCCCCCUGCGUCGGCGACACAGUGCUCCCGGGGCAGCAUCCCCUCUCCGCAGGGCGUGGCACUUCCACGCCUCCACGAUCUGCUCCACCUACAGGGCAUGCGGGUCACCGCGGGGCCCUGCCUCUUCCCGGAAGACGCUGGGCAGGGCCGCGCCCCCCGCUCCGGGUCCCCACGUUGCGGAGUUGGUCUGAGCCUGGUUCCCCGCGUUCUCACCGGGAUGAACGGCUCUCGCCGGUUCUGCUCUUCCAGGGCGCUCAGCUCCGCCGGGGCCAGCAAGGCCAGCCUCAGCUCUCGCACCACCGGGGCCGCCACCUCGGCCACAGGCCUCUCCAGCACCGCCUGCGAAAGGCAGCACUGAGCCCGGGCGUGGCGGGAGCACCCGCCCCACCUCCCGCUCGCCAGGUUUUUGCUGCCCGUGCCGCCUUCAGCUCCCUGGGGGUCCCCAGAUCCCACUCACUGCGCCCACGCGCGCCCAGCUCCGGGCUGCCCGGACCAGCUCAACCUCGUCCACGCAGAGCUUGUCGCUGCGCAGCAGGGGAAGCAGCGCAGCGGCCGACAGCUCCACGAAGCCGCGGGUCCGGAGCGCCUCCUGUGGGCCGGCGAACGGGUCAGGCCAGCUGGGCCAGGGCUGUGGAGCCAGGAAAGCUCCGAGACCAAAGGCUGCAGCCCUUAACCCUUUAAGCACCUAGGAACCCACGAAGCUCUGGACUGUUUGAUCCACUUGUUCCAAAAACAGAACAGGCCCAUGGCUGGCAAGACUCUACCCCCAGGACGCCAGGAAGGACACCAGGAGGAGACUGCCAAAGAUUUGGGGCCGAAACUACCACCAGUACGACCCCCUGGUCACCUGCCCAGCAUUGAUGAGGCUCGACCCGCAGCUGUGGGCCCCGCCUCCCGCCGUGGCUCUGUGAUGGCUCUAGCCACAUCCUUCUCACGCCGCAACUCACUGGCUGGGCCAGCCACUGGUCCUGGAGGUCGGCGACAAUCCCUGGGCCCAGUGCCCCCUCUAGGCUCACGGGUCAGCUUCUCAGGGUUGCCCCUGGCGCCAGUCCGUCAGGUAGCACCCUCCUACCGCAUGGAGCCUGCACCUGGGGAAUGUUGGGAGGCUGCCCGUGCACAGCGUGCUCUGGAGGCAGUCUUGGAUGCGGGGCUGCGCGACGCUUCCUACUCUGGCGCGGAGGCUGGGCAGCUGACUCGAGAGCUGUGCGAGCAGGUGCGUGUGCGCCUGCGGGAGUUCAGCCCACCACGCUAUAAGCUUGUGUGCAGCGUGGUGCUGGGGCCACGCACCGGCCAGGGCGUGCGUGUGGUCAGCCGCGCGCUCUGGGAUGCAGCACGCGAUGGGCUGGUUUCUGCUGCCUUCACCAACGCUUCCCUUUUUGCGGUGGCCACUGUCCAUGGGCUCUAUUGCGAGUAAGCAGGCCUCCGAGUUCUGCAAAAGGUUUAUUAUCCCAGAAGGAGCCCCCCCUGGGGCUCACAUCCCAAUAAAUAAAUGUCUGUCAAUAAAUAA